CUUAACCCAGAAAAACUGAUUGAGGGACUCAAAUCUCCUGAGACUGCGCUUCUGCUCCCCGAUAUCCUGCCUCUCGCUGACCCCUUCGGUAGCACGUCAGACGCUGUGAAUGGAAAACCCGACGUAGCUGUUGAGAGUCUCAUUCCGGGCCUCGAGGCUCCGUUGCCCCAGCGCCUCGUGUCACAGACGGAGUCGGUUGCCUCCAACAGAACAGACUCGCUCACUGGGGAGGACUCUCUGCUUGACUGUUCUCUGCUUUCUAACCCUGCCGCUGACCUCGUGGACGAGUUUGCUCCUGUAGCUUUCGCAGCUCAACCUCACAAAGAAGAUACUAACCUGAUAUCAGGCUUUGAUGCUCCUGAGGGCUCUGAGAAAGUGACAGAAGAUGAGUUUGACCCAAUUCCAGUGUUGAUAUCCAAAAAUUCACAAGGUCUGCCGAGGGAUCCCGCCCUGUUCCCAGUCGCAGCUCUUGAACUCUGUAAAGGACCUUCUGGCAGUGACGGACUCGCCCUGUACAAGGGUCCGUCUGAGAUGUCGGAGGUGAAGACGCAUCACAACUCGGAGCCGGAUUACCUAACGAGAGAUGGGCCUUCAAGCAACAGCUCCUUCUACAGCAGCGAAGGAGAGGGGACGGACCACGAGGGAGAUAUUUUGGAUUGCAGCGGGUCCAGGCCUUUACUGAUGGAUUCGGAAGAGGAGGAGGAAAGCUGCAAAUUGUGCACGGGGUUCCUGCAGUCCGUGCCCAGGGAGAGGCGCGAGGCCUCCAAGGAAGAUCCCCACAACCAAUCUUCCCAGAGCAGAGCGGGCGAGGCGCCGUUCCCUGCCUUCCAGUCGCACACCGGGGAGGUUUUUAACGAGCCAGAUGUUUUUGCCACGGCUCCUUUCCGAAGCUCGAGAAAAGUGCCGGAUGAGGUGGAUGUCUUUACCAAAGCUCCUUUUAUCUCCAAGGGCAAUAGACACCCGGAAGAAGCAGAUGUGUUUCUGAGAGCACCUUUCACUAAAAAGAAAAGUGUGGAGGAGCUGACUUCCCACAGUACGUCGAAGGAACCGUUCGCACCACCCGCCUUCCUGAGCCAGGGAGGCGACGUCCAACCCAGAGCCAACCCGCUGUUCCCAAGCCUGGAUUCGGCGACGCGCGGCUCCGCGGCCCCGGCCAGGCCUCAGUAUCCUUCUAGGAACCAAGGAGGGCAGGUGCUGCCCCAGGAAGCCGCGCUGGGCUCCGUGGUUAACAAACCUUUCCGUCCGCAGUCCUUGUCGAAAUACUCCCGUCACUACAGCCCAGAAGAUGGGCAGGGCCUCGAAGUCAAGCCCAUUGCUGCUUACAAAGUGGUUUCUCAGACCAACAGGCAGGCGAUAGCGGGAUCUGUCUUCGCUUCG